UAUACUCCUAGGAGUAUGUACUCCCACAUGCAAUAUACCACCUAAACAAACACUUUAUACUCUUUUAUCAUUUUUAGUAUACUCUAAUACUAAUUCUAAGAUACUCCAAUAUGAGUUGUAUGAAAAAAAAAUUCAAUGUUAGCCUUUCAUUUUUGCUAUAUACUCUUUUUUAUACAUAAAAGAAGUAUAUACGCAAAUUAUGAUAAAAAUCAUGGAAUUUCAUAAAAAAUUUUGUGGGAUUUGUAUUGUAGUAUCUUAUAAUUACUAAUGAAGUAUAUUUAAAGUGAUAAAGAAGUAUAACACACGUGUAAAAGUGGUAUAUGAGAGGUGGGAGUACAUACACCCAGGAGUACAUACUAGUUUUCCUAUAUAUAUAUAUAUAUAUUGUCUAUUCUUCUCCCUGCGCUAAAAAUAGCUAUUUAACACCCCGGCCGCACCGCCCCACCACACCAACCAGCCCAAACCACCCCACCAACCAGGCACCCAGCCCGCAACAGUAAUUUUACGGUUGCGGACAAUAAUUUUACGGUUGAACAAUGUGUUUUUACGGUUACGAACACUGUGUUUUACGGUUGCGAACAACAAUUCUACGGUUGCGGACAACAUUUUUUUACGAUCACGGGUUGAUCGGGGCACGGGAAGGACUGGUCGCUAAAUAACUAUUCUUAGUUAUUGUAACCGUUAUUCUUUGUUAUUGCAAUCGUUAUUCUUUGUUAUUGCAACCGUAAUGCAUUACUUAUUGUAACCGUUAUUCUUUGUUAGCAUGCAACCGUUAUUCUUUGUUAUUGCAACCAUAAUGCAUUAGUUAUUGUAACCGUAUAUAGAUUCAUUUUUUUACCGAUUAAUGUUGUCAUAAACCGCAACCGUAAAAAACACAGAGACGCUUCCCGCACCGUAAAAUCUCGACCUCUGUGAAUUUAAAAACGAAACCACCCCCUCUUUCCUCGUAUUUCAUUCCAGUUUCCAUUCCACGUCUCUCUCCUACCCAACUCUCUCUCAUACCCUAUGCUCAGAUCUAGAUCUAGAUCGGCGGCGGCGGUGGGUGACGAUGGAUGCCGACGGCAGGGACUACUGCCGUGCCUCCGCUCGCAGGUGGUGUCGUUGACCGAGAAGCUGCAAGAGAAGGAGGCGGCAGAGGGCGGCGAUGGCGCGGCCGUUAACGCCACAGAGUUGCUGGCGGACGCGAAGGCCUCUCUGGCCGCCGACGCCGAUGAACAGCCGGCGGCGGACGCGGCGUUAGAGGCGCAGCAGGUGAAGUCCGAGGACAGGCUGAGCACGGGCAGCAGCGGGAGCGCGGUGGUUGAUGCGGACGCGCUGCUCCGCGCCGGUGGCUGUCUCGCUGCCGCCGUCGACAGCAGCGUGGAGUCGUACUUCCUCGGCAGCGACGACCAGUUCCACGACUGCGCGAUGAGUCCCUUGGACCACGGCGCAAGGGAAUUCCAGUCGGGGGAGGACGACGGCGCUUGCAACGACGAGGGCUGCAGCUACUACGCCGACGACCCCGCCGCCGCUGCCGCCCUCUUCGCCAGCCAGGCCCACCACCACGUGGACGACGACAACGGCCAGAUCAGCUGGUGGAUGUGGAACUAGGCAUCCUGUCCUGCACCGCGCGCCAAAUCUUGUGUUGAAAAUCAUGCCUUUUCUUUCUGCAACGUUGCUGUAAUGGUGAAUCACUAGCUAUGAUCAUGAAGAAAGUGUAUGCAUGCAUAUUAGGGGUAAAAUUGGGUAAUUAAUAUCGUUAAUCCCAAUCAGUCUGGUGUAUGAGAAGAGAUCAAGAAGUUAGCGGCCUGGGGGAGAAAUAACGUGUGAUACAGCUGCUAAAACCUAAUUUACGGUUGCGAAGACCAAGCAUUUUCCUUUUUACGGUUGAAGGAAUGCUAUUUUUACGGUUUGCAAUAUGUGAAAUUUACUAUCGUGGAAUGGAGGCAAUCGACAAUCACUAAACAAUAUUUUAUGGUUGCAACCGUAAAACACAUUGUUCGUAACCGUAAAAAUAUAUGUGGCCUUCUAUUUGA